AUGAGUUCCAUCGGUACAGGUUAUGAUUUGGCCGCGUCGACAUUCUCUCCCGAUGGACGUAUCUUCCAAAUUGAGUAUGCACAAAAAGCAGUUGACAAUAGCGGUACGAUGAUAGCCCUUCGAGGGAAGAAUGGUGUCGUAACAGCUGUUGACAAAGUAAUCACGUCAAAGAUGUACGAAGAGAAUGCCAAUCCACGGAUGUUCAACGCGAACGAGAAUAUCGGUCUUGCUCUUGCUGGUGUGUAUCCAGACUGUCGCGCGCUAAAAGAUUAUGCGUGCAGCGAGGUGGGGCUGGAUUACAUCGUUUUAUGUUCAUUUAUCUCUUAA